AAUAUUUAUAAUGGACCAAGAUUUUUAAAUUUUCUUUUGAUUUUUAUAAUUCAUAUAACUUUUUGGUUUACAAAUAAAUGAGUGGUUGGAAGAAAAACUCUUUCUCUCCUCACCAUGGAAUACAUGAUUAGGAAUUCUCAAAUGGUCCCCGUAUGAACUAAAUGUUUGUUUGGUUGAACUGCAUCCUAUUUUUCCUUUCAAAUACGUUAAAACCAUCAAAAGCAUUCCAAAAUUGCGACAAACAUUUCUUAAGCUCUGAUGCCAAAAGAGGUAAUUUUUCUACUCCAGGAUAUCCAAAUAACUAUCCGAAUAAUAUCCAGUGCCUUUAUUGGUUCGUGGCUGGGAAAAGUGAAAAAGUUAGGAUUUCCUUCAAAGAUUUUUCAUAUGGAGGCAACAUGCCUGAAUGUCUCCACGGAUAUAUAGAUGUCUAUUUACAACUUGAAAACACGGAUGCAGAGCUAAUAGAUCAAUAUUUAGAUAGGAGAUUAUGUGGAAUGGAACUUCCUUCAGAUAAAAUAUCCCUACAUAACAUCAUUGUUUUAGGCCUUUACUCAGAUACUCAUGCAACCGAAAAAGGAUUUCUAGCGCAUUACGAAUUUAUCGAUGCAACUAAAUAUCAUAUAGGUAAGAUAGGUGAAGAUAAUUUUUGUGGUUAUACUAUAAAUGGAUCAAUGUUGCCUAGUGGAACCAUAUUUUCCCCGACUUAUCCUUCAGUGUUAACCCCCAACCUAAAUUGUUAUUGGAAAUUUUUGGGUUUGCCUGGACAAAGGAUAAAACUCAAUUUUUCUGUUAUCAAUAUUGAACAUGGCGGCGAUCAUUGUCCGUAUGAUUCGUUAGAGAUUUAUGAUGGGCACACAAUCAAUGCUUUAUUGAUUGCGACUUUGUGCGGAGAAAUGAAAGAUAAAGUCGUAUUUUCGUCCUCUAAAAAUGUAUUGAUAAAAUUUGUGACCAAAGAAUCUCAACGCUUCAAUAAAACCGGAUUUACCGCACAUUUCCAUUUUGACGACACUAUCGUGAAUUUAGAUUUUAUAUCUAACCCCGGUUAUCACAUCAUAGGAACAGAAUGCGAUCAACGAAUUUUAAGUUUGGGCGAAACCAAUGGAACUAUGUUCUCACCAAUGUUCCCACAAUCUUACAAAAGAAACCUCGAUUGCUUCUAUUACCUAAAAGGCCUCAAAGACAGAAGGAAUUUGGAAAAAGUUCUCCUCUUUUUCCAAAUAUUUGACAUACCCAAUAAUUCAACCAGAUGUUCAGAUGCCUAUUUAGGAGUUUAUUACAAACAUAGGGAUGGAGAAUUAAUUGACUCAAACCCCGAUGCCAAAUAUUGUAAUCUACAGCCGCCUAAUAUAAUAUCCUCCAGUGGCCAUUUACUCUUAUUAAAAUUUCACAGUGGAAAUUCGAUUGGCAAUGGGUUCAAAAUUUGGUAUGACUUUGACACAGAUUUUGGAAUCCCGGGAACACCUCAUCCAGAAAAAUCCAAAUGCGAUUUCACUUUCAUGAGUUCUAGUCAAAAAAGUGGAUCAUUUAACUCCCCUAGACAUCCUGCUAACUACCCACUUAAAUCAUCGUGCUUAUACAUAUUUAAAGGUUUGCCCGGAGAAAAUAUUAAACUUACUUUCGAACAUUUCAAAUUACCUCAAAAGAAUUCCAAUAAUUCCGACAAUAUGGGAGAUGAAGAAAGAUGUGCCUUGGAUUAUGUCAAAAUAUACAAUGUAUGGUCAGAUGAGAGAGAAGAUUUAUUGGGAAUUUUUUGCGGGGAAAAAUCUCCGUUUCCCAUCGAAUCUGAAAAUGAUGUCUCAAUAAUCAAAGUCGAAUUCCAUUCUGGAUCAAAUGAAACGGCAGAAGGGUUUUUAUGCCAAUAUUCUUUCGUUUCUCUUCUCGACAAUAAAAAACAAGAUUGUAAUCACAAUUUUACUGCACCAGCAAUUAGUGGUAUAGUCAAAACCCCUAAUUACCCUUACAAAUAUCAAGUUAGUCUUACGUGCGAUUGGUUCAUAUGGGUAAAACCUCAGAAUCGAGUCUUAUUAACCCUUAUUAAUUUUAUUUUGGAGGGUAAAUUAGAAACUGGUUGUUCUGAUGCGGCCUUAUUGAUAUGGACCAAUUUCUCUGCCCCACCUAAAUAUCUAUGUGGGCCGAAACCAUUUCCUAAUCAAAGCGAUUAUCUUUCGAUUAAUAACACUAUUCGAUUAAGAUUUAUAUCUUCAAAGAGAGCGACAGGUUCCAAAGGUUUUCGAGUUUCUUGGACGGAAGUUAUGUCAAAUCCGAUCUGCCAAAAGGGGUAUCUUUGUCAAAAGUCAAAUUUUUGUAUCGACUCGAGUUUACGUUGCAAUCAUAUAUCUAAUUGUGGCUCCGAAGACGAUAGUGAUGAAAAAUAUUGUUCCGCUAAGAAAGGCCAAGCUACAAAAUCGCAUGUUGGAAAGAAUUUAUUGUUAUUGUGUUUUUUAUCGUCGUUAAUCGCUGUAUAUUCAUUUAAUAAAUAAUUUAAAUUAAAUAAUGUCGCUAUUUUCCUAAAUGUUGCAUGCACUGUAGUAUAAUUAAAUAAUGAUAGGAAAUUAAGAUUUAAUUUGUAAUCAUAUUAUUAGAAGUAAUAGCCAUCACCCAGAUAUUUAUUUGCGAAAAAGGGGUGGGAUUAUAACUAGGGUUUCUAAAUUUUAAAACCAAAUUGGCAUCUCUUGUGUUUAGGUAUGUUUAAAAUUUCAAUUUUUUUAAAAC